AUGGUCAACGGGCCUAUCAAGUGGUGGGGCCAGUUAUUGGUUGCAGCCAUCAAUGUCGUGGGGUUGCUAUUGUUUUGUCGAGGGUUCUUCCCUCAGAAGCAGCUGUUACCUGGAGUAGCGCUGUUCCAUCAGGCUGACCCUUUCGCCAAGCCGCCGUUCUCAAAAGUGGUGGUCAUGGUGGUGGACGCCAUGCGUUCAGACAUGUUAUACGGCAAUCAGUCGCAUAUGAAUUACUUCCAUAAGCUUAUGGAUGACGGCGUGGUGCUCCCGUACACUGCUUAUGCUCACCCGCCGACAGUUACCCUUCCGCGCCUUAAAGGGAUUACGCUGGGGCUGACGCCUUCGUUUCUCGAUGCUAUCAUGAACAUCAACGAAGAAGAUGACACAUCGUUGAAUCUGGACCUGUGGAUUGGUCAGUUUGUUGGCCGGGGUGCCAAUAUUCACUUCUAUGGAGAUGACACUUGGUUGAAGCUUUUCCCAAAGGAGUUCACUAAAACUGAUGGUACCAAUUCAUUUUAUGUCAGUGACUUUACUGAAGUUGAUCACAACGUCACACGCCACCUUGAUGAAGAGCUUAAGCCCUCCAGUAAGUGGGAUGGUUUGAUUUUACAUUACUUGGGUCUCGAUCAUAUUGGUCAUAAAGGUGGCCCUCAUUCUCCUUACAUGGAAAGCAAACAACAUGAGAUGGACAAGGUGAUUCAACGCUUGUAUGAAUACAUUAACAAGAAUCAAGAUACUGUUCUCGUGGUGAUGGGCGAUCAUGGCAUGAAUGAGAUCGGCAACCAUGGUGGGGCACUGGCCGGAGAAGUGUCUCCUGGCUUGGCUCUCAUUUCACCCAAAUUUAAGAAACUUGAUCUUGAUGUACUUCCUCCUCAUGAUGUUGAAAACUUUCAAUACUACCGCCCGUGCACCCAGAUUGAUCUUGUUCCCACCUUGAGUGCUCUUUUGGGUUUACCGAUUCCAAAGAAUAAUGUGGGGGUGGUGCUCAAGGAGAUCUUGCCCUUAUUCAAACGGAGGGGUAACGUGAUUCGUGAAAACGCCCUUCAAAUGGCGUUACUUGCGGGUCAUACAGUUCCCGCUAACUUUGACGAGUUGGACGAAAAGGAGUUAUACCACUACUUGCAUGAAAUUCAGGAUGACCUUGCUCUGACCGCUACAAAUUACAACUAUGAUGAUAUCUACACCGGCUUAGGUCUCUUGGUGCUUUCAUGUGGCAUCAGUUUGGUAUUGUUUAGUCGCUACUAUUUGUGGGGAAGCAAUUCAAAGCGUGCUCGCCAGUGGGCCUUGAUCAGUGUUAUCGUCACCAUCUUGUACUCGUCUCAUUUCCACGGACUGUCACUUAUCGAGGAAGAACACCACAUCUGGUGGGUACUCGCAGUGCUUGUGGCCUUAGGUACGGGAAAUGUGAAAUGGUCGUCUGCUGUUAUCAUUGGAUUGAGAGUUAUCAAAGCCUGGUCCAACAGUGGUCAGAAGUACUGGCUGGAUGAUAAGAUUGGUCUCUACUUGGUUCGUCAUCCCGAUGUCCUUUGGGCACUUGUUGUGUUGACAUACGUUGUGAAUAACAUGUUGACGUUUACUCAAGGGAAUUUCGUCAGCGCUCUCAAUUUCUUCGCCGGUAAUGCUCGGGCCACAGACUUCAAGCUGCUUGGUUCACUCAUCGGUUUCAUUCUCCUGUUUGUCACCAUGUCUGUCCUGUUGUCAUUCAAGUUGGUACAAUAUUGGGCUGAUGGACAUGAUGUUCCGGCUUGGUUGAGCUGGUUAUACUAUUGGGUGCUCACUAACUACGAUAUCAACCCUCACAACCCUAAUGCUGGAGAUGACAAGCAACUUGUGGGGCUGAUUUUAGUUCAACUUUCCAAUGCGCUGAUUUAUUUUAUGUCAACAUUGUUGGUUGUUUCCCUUGUGAGUGCCAAGUUCAAAGGAAUCAAAGGUGGUUACUUUAGUGUUUUUGCCAACUUUUUCACGCUUUAUUUGAUUCACCAUUCUCGAGUGGAGAAUAUUCCCAUUUUCAUUGCCUUUGCGGUGGUCAAGUACUGCUUUAUGCGCAGUAUUAGUUCGAUCAAGCUGGAUGUGGAUUACCGCCUUUUGCUUAUCAGCGCGUUCACUUUGGUAGUGUCUAAUCUCCUGUUUUUCUCCAUGGGGUUCACUAACUCCUUGGCAACGGUUGAUCUUUCGAACGCUUACAAUGGUGUGCUGAGCUACAAUCUCUUACUUGUGGGAUGGUUAACGUUUGUGUCCAACUUUGCUGGCCCUCUUUAUUGGCUGUUUUCAUCAUUGCAGAUGAUCUUUGAGCCAUCGGUCAUCUUGUACCAGCAACCUACAACCGCCGACUUGAUCUAUUUACCUCGGAUCUGUUUCCAGGUCUUGUCGGUCAAGCUGCGUUUCACGUUUAUGUUUUAUCUGAUAGCAGCGGUUACCUUGAUGGCGCUGUGCGUGAACUUGAGAUUCCACUUAUUUAUUUGGCUGGUGUUUUCACCCAAGAUCUUGUUCUUUGGCGUGUGGGCCGUGUUCAUGAACCUAUUUAUCGAUUAUAUUGUUGGACUGUUGUUGUUGCUCUUAUUCAAGUGA